ACGUUCUGAUCAACAGACACGAUAAAGAUGUCAAAGAACAUAAUGUUCACAAAUUCGAUAAUAAUUAGUUUUUCUUUAAUAUUUUUACCCAUUGUUUUGGGCUAUCCUCAGGAUUGUGGAUGUCCAAGAGGUCGACCACAAGUUCCACUUUUUUUGCAACCAGAUAAUACUUUGUAUUAUCAGCAAAACCCUGGCUAUUCGACUCAACCUCAAAGGAAUCGAUUAUCUUCCGAUCGGUCUUCAGGUGGUUUUUUUCAAGGAAUAUCUAGAUUUGCAUCAGGACUCCAAAACUUUGUUGCCAAUUCUAGUCCACUAAGAAGAACUAGAGAAGUAAAUCUUCCUCACGAUGUAAAUCUUCAAGAUGAUGUCGUAGUCAGAGUUACCAGACAGAGUGAUAAUAAUUCUAAGAAACUUCCUGAAACUGAACAGAAAACUUCUGCUUCUCAAGAUGAGAAGAAUAGUCAAAAUACAAAAAAUAACAAUGAAAUGAGUCAAAAAACUGUCAAAAAAAUCUCAGGUCCGCCUGUUCCAGGUCCUAGAGUAAAAAUUUCAAGAGAACAAAAAAUGGCAGCUGACUCUUUGCUUGAACAUGAAGUUACUCCAGUAACUAAGCAUUCAGCUGAAUCUGAUAUUGAGUUAGAUGAAGUAAUUCCUGAUCCAUCUAUGCCUGGAGAAGCUAAAAAACAACUUGCAGAUAAUUCAUCUCCACAAGUCAUUCAUCAAUAUGCUGAUUUCUAUAGAGAACCAGAAGUAUAUUAUUACCCUAUUAAAAGAUAUGCAGAGUAUGUACAAACACCUGAAAAUCAAAUUGUCUUAAUUCCUCAAGCUAUCAAUCCUUUUGGACUAUUUCGACCUUCAUUGAGUUAUGAAGAUUUAAUUAAUUUACAAAAUUAUGGUGCUUAUGAUUCUGAUUACGGGCUAGAAGAUGAUGUAAAUGAUUCUAAAGUUAAUGAUCAAGUAGAGAAACCAAUAACAGAAGAAAAAACUCAAGAUGUACCUGCUGAAAAAGAAUUAAAAAGUGAAGUAGAUACACAGAACAAAGAAACAAAUAAAAAUGCGUCAAAAAUAAAAGAAGUAAAAGUAGAAAAUUCAUCAUCAACAAAUAUGUAAAGUAUUUUUAAAUUUCAUAACA